CGUGGGUGGCAAUUUUAGGAAGUGACAGGCCGCGGGUGUGACAGAAAGACAACAUGGCUCAGCAAGUAGUAAAACCCGGCCACUAAAAUAAAAGAUUGAAUUUCAUUAGGAAUCGGUGCUGUUUGUGGAGACAAGGUUACUGCGGGCUAAUACACCUCAAUCUUGAAGGCUUCCUCUCGUUUGGGGCUGCAACCUAAGGAUAACUGAAGGAUUUUUAAUUGUAACUAAAGGCGACCGUAUUUCUGAUGAAACAUUGCCCUUCAUGCAAGGCCUGCAAUAGAAUGCGAAUGUUUUGUAUCCUUCCUCCAGAAUUCGAAUCCAGGGGCCGGAUUCCAAGUGACGUCACCGCCAGCCGGCCGCCAUCUUUCUGACAGGCAGAAGGAGCGGCGACUGCUGGCGGCCGAACCUGGAAGAUGCCAGUCUCCUGCAGCGCACUGGACUGCAAGAACCGCUUCAAGAAAGGGAGCGGUAUAACUUUCCACAGCUCAAAUAAAGAAGAUGACCUUUCAAGGGGUUUCAGAAAAUGACGCACACUCAAAUAAGAAUUGCAUGAAUUUCCUAUUUCAAGGCCUGACCUCAUGGCAAAAUGGCUGAAAGCUGUAGCACGGGAAAACUGGAUGCCAUCACCAAGAGCAACUCUCUGUAGUGACCACUUCACAAAAGAUUGUUUUGAGGAAAGGAAUGAUAGAAGGCAUUUAAAAUUCUCUUCCAUUCCAACCAUAUUUCCACCUCCGAAAAACAAGAAUACAAGCUCCCGAAGGCUACAUAAGGCAAAAGCUUCUGGUGAACAUUAUAAGAGAACCUCGGAGGUCCAGGUGUCGCAUUUGCCAUCGCAAGCUGAUUCAGUUGAUGAAGCAUUUCACCAGCCAACUGAGCCAGCAAAAAUCACAGAGUUACAGUCUACUUUAACUACAGAGACUCUUAAUACAGGGAGACUAGCUCAACUAGCAGCUGCAGCAGUCCUGAAUUUAGCAGAAUUUUCUCAAGUAUUGGAAGUUCCUCUAAAACCUGAAGCAGAGUCUUCAGAAGUCCUCACACUGUUUAACUGCAGUGCACAAACUCAAACAUGUACAACAGAUGCAAAGAUGGAAUCAGUUUCAAGUGGGUUUAUAACAGUUCAUUCAGAGGAACAAUCUCAAGAUUCAGCUGCAGCUCUGUGUUCAGAUGCCUUCCAUUGGACAGCCAAUGUACCUGAAGUACUAUCGGAUACAUCUACAGCACUGGUGAGUUCAGUGGAUGUACCUACAGUGUCUGCUAGUAUUUUGCCCUGUUUAUUUACAACAUCUACAGAUAUAACAUCUGAGCAAGUAACAAUAUCAGAAGAAACUACUUGGAUAUCUACAGAAGUGCUUAUCCCAGAAACAGAAGCCCAUCUAUCAACUCGAGAUCUGGCUUCUGAAGAAGUGCAAUGUUCCUCUGAGACUGUGCUUUCUUCUCCUGAUGAUCAAGAUUUGUCAGGAAUGACAUUUCCCCAGGAUCACAGUUACUUUAUGAGUCCCUGUCCAGAUAUCAUCAGGAGAACUCUAGAAAAGAAGCUUGCAUGGGAAAGAAAGAAGAAUGAAGAACAUAGGCAAAAAUUCAGAGUACUCCAGCAAAAACUGAAAAGAAAAGAGCAGAAAAUUGACAGUCUCACUAGAAUUAUCAACCAGCUGAGAGAAAAGCAUGAUGAACAUGAAAAAGAAGAAUUGGACCAAACACAGCAAUGUCACUGUACUGGAGGAGUUUCUGCAGAACAUGUGGCUGUAGGAGCAGACAGUCGGUAGCCGUGUGUCUAAAAAGACAGAUGUCAGUCUGUACUUCAUUGACAAAGGAGAUGCUUAGAAAGAUCUGCUCCUCUAUAAAGGAAAAUUGGAACCUCUACAGAUUAACCUAAUUCUAGAUUACAACAUGAACAUGUUUUGCUCAGUUGCUAAUCACAACAAUAAAACCUAUUAUAUGUUCUGAUA